CUCUCUCUCUAUGUGUAUUUUUUUAAAUCACUUUUAUGGUAGAGAAUCCAUCAUCCUGGGAAGAAUCAGGGGAUUUUCCCUGAGGAUCAAAAAGGCCUUCUCCUGUGCGCUCAUCAGCCCCAGACAAAACCUAUUUAACUUCCGAUACCAGUGUGGGGAAAAGGGGACCGUUCUUUCCUAGGACUUUGGGGAAGCAUCAUUCCUUUUUCGCUUUUUAUUUUCUCUGAAUCCGGGUGUGUGAAAAGAGCCUGACCGUUAAAACCUCACAAAAGAGGACAGCACCUUGCAUCUUUGCAGCGGAGAACAUUAAUUUCACCACCCUCCCCUGAGUGCACCUGACGCUAUCGUUUGAUGCUUACAAAUAGUUCCCUCCUUGGCCUCCCAUGUGGGAACCAACUCGGGACAGGAUGAAGUCCUGCAAAUCCGGUGCCACGGAUUCCGGUCUGGAAUCGGACCCCCAGUGCCCAAAUGGGACCAAGUGCCUGGCGAAAUGCGGCUCGGAGAGGCUGGAGAACUCUGCCCGCAGGAGAUUGGCAGCGAACGCCCGGGAGAGGCGGAGGAUGCAAGGACUCAACACGGCUUUCGACCGCCUGAGGAAGGUGGUCCCCCAGUGGGGUCAAGACAAGAAAUUAUCCAAAUAUGAGACCUUGCAGAUGGCCCUGAGUUAUAUCAUGGCCCUGACUCGGAUCCUGGCGGAGGCGGAGAGGUACAGCCCGGGGAGAGACUGGAUCGGCCUCCACUGUGAACCCUUCGGCCCGGAGAUCUACCCCCAGUAUGUCGGGCAGAAGUUGCCGAGGGACGGCGAUCACUACGCUCAGAGGCUCUUCGGCUACGCACCAGAACGCUUCCAAAUUGCCAAUUAGAACUAAUGAAUCACCCAGGACGGGCGGCAGCUCGACUGGAGCACUGGCGAAAGUUAGCCGGAGAAGGUGAAAUCGGCCCUGGAAGCAGUAGCUGUAUUUGAGUCUGGGAGACGUUUGCCCUUGAAGUAGCUCGAAAGAACCUCUGUUCUGACAGCUUGACAUUUUAAGAAGAAUAAGGCCGGCGGACUUCUUACACCUCCAACCAAGCGUGCUGGUCACUGGAACCGCCAUUUGCUUAUGAAACGGUGCUUAAUUUGUCGUGAAAUUGUUGUGGGAGCUCAAGCAAUUUAUGUCAUGUCACACUUUAAAUCUGUAAUGACUUUGAAUGUGCAGCGAUUGGAUGGCCGUUAUUACCAAUGAC